GACAUAUUUUGUAACGUUUACGAGUUGGCUGGCUGGCGAGUAUUAAUUGGCUGUGUGUGUUAAGAAUUACAUUAAUUUGUUUAUUCGUUCCUUUUAGACAUUUUAGUGAGAGAAAAUGAAGUUUAAACUUUUACUUUUUGUGUGUGCCAUCCUUACCUAUUCUAAGACACACGCUCAAAAUCGAGUUAAGCUCGAAGAAAAGGUACAACAGCUUACAGAUUUCACAGCUAAGACCUCAAUAAUUCCGUUGAAUUUGAACAGAUUUAAGGAGUAUGUGAAAUCACCACCUAGAGACUAUUCUUUCAUAGUAAUGUUCACUGCUAUGGCACCGUCGCGUCGCUGCGCUAUAUGUCAGCACGUCUAUGAUGAGUAUCUAUUAGUCGCCAACUCCUUUAGAUAUUCCCAAUCUUAUACAAAUAAACUCUUCUUCGGCAUGGUUGAUUUUGAUGAGGGAUCUGAUAUUUUCCAAAUGUUAAGAUUGAAUACAGCCCCUGUAAUUAUGCACUUUCCUGCAAAAGGAAAGCCAAAACCUGCAGAUUCUAUGGAUUUUGAAAGAGCUGGUAUUCAUGCUGAAGCUAUAGGCAAAUGGAUAAAUGAUAGGACUGACGUGCAGAUAAGAGUAUUUAGACCUCCAAACUACUCAGGUGCAGUUGCAUUUACUUUACUAUUUGUGCUUGUGGCUGCAUUCUUAUAUCUAAGGCGCAACAACUUGGAGUUUUUGUACAACAAACAAAUGUGGGCAGUUGCUGCUCUAUUUUUCUGCUUUGCUAUGGUUUCUGGACAGAUGUGGAACCAGAUCAGAGGCCCUCCCUUCUACCAUAGAACCAAGAGUGGACCAGUUUACAUUAAUAGUGGCUCACAUGGACAGUUUGUGUUAGAAAGCUACAUUGUUGCUGCAUUAAAUGCUGCUGUAGUGGUUGGUAUGAUCUUAAUGAUAGAAUCGGCUGGUGGAGUAAAAGGCACUGAAGCAAAAACUCCCCAAGAAGGAAAGAAACGGCGGUUUCAGUCUGUAGUUGGACUAGUACUUGUUUGUGUUUUCUUUUCAUUGCUGCUGUCUGUGUUUAGAUCAAAGACCCAGGGGUACCCUUAUAGUUUCUUAUUCAGAUAGAAGAUAGAAGUUUACAGUGUUUGUAGUCACUAAGGUGGCAAGAUCUACCUAUUUAUUACUACUACUAUAAUUUGUAAGUAAAUUAAAGUGUUUGUUUUAAAUAAAUUAAACAAAUUAUUUGA